AUGCUUUUAGGUCUUUACGAGAUUAUCGUUGGAAACGAAUUACAUCCUGGUUAUCACAACCCACAUGCCAGAGGUCUAGCUGCUUUGCUUGGAAUACGAAGCUCCUCGGUUGGCCUCAUAGAAGCGGUCCACCGUAGCCACCCUUUACUGUUACGCAUAGGAGCUAAGAAACAUAAGGAAACAAUUUUCUCAACCCCGGCUUCAAAGAAGGAUUCUCGAAGUUUAGACGACCUUCUCCUUUCGCUAAGCUCACUCGUGAAUCGUGCAAAUGCUCUUUUCCAAGAGUCAUCGAAAGAUUUUAGUGACACGCUUAAUCAGCUUCACAACGAAGCACAAGAGCUUGAUCGUGCGUUUCCAAUGUGGAAAGAGACCCGGGAAACGUCAUUCCAUCCUAGUACAAUUUUUUACAUGGAAGACAAUUAUGACCCAUCUGAGUGUCCUGUGGGGUUCUGGCCAGGAGAAGUUGACACAUACUUUGACCUUUACAGUUCAGCUGUGUGGAAUAUCUAUCGAGCAGCUCGUUUGUUCCUGGUCGACUUGAUUCUGAAAUUGUCGAGUGCUCUCAAUGAUGAGAGAAGUUUAGACACGGAAACUGAAACUGCGAAUUGUUUGGUUGAUGCUUCGCACCUGGAUAUUGUUAACUUUCAGAUAAAACGAUAUCUUAAUCGGUGCUUGUGGUGGAUAUCGAAGAAUAUGGGAAUUGGACAAGCUGCAAUUUUCGCACAAGUAUGUAUAAAUCCUUUCACGAGGACUCUACGCAAGAUGCCGCAUUUACUAAUCCACUGCAUAGGCGUCUAA